AUGGCAUUCAUCAAGAGGAAUAAGAUACGAUUAUCUGGGUCCAGUAAUAAAGGGAAGGUGUCUGCUACAAUUUCAGGGAAUGGUAAAGUGCGAAGCAAAGUUUCCUUGGAUUACGAUGAAAUAGAUGAGGAACCAGUCGAAGUUAAACCUCUGAAGCUAGUGAAAAAGAGAAAUGAUGAGGACAAGAGGAAUGCUGAAAUUGCUACAAGUGGUAAAAUAGAAGAAUAUUCUGAUAUUUUCCAUCCUUCCAAAAAUAAUGAUGACAGCAAAAUACUGAAUUUAUCUGAUAUGAGUGACGUUGAUGUGAUGGAUAGUAAAACCAAUGAUUGUUCAAUCUCAGAUAAUGAUAACGUUAUACCCUCAAAGGAGUUAAUAGAAAGGUUGAAAUCUGAAAGAAGGAAAUUAAGUGAGAAACCUCGUAACUUUGGUAAAGUUAAUGAAAGAGAAUAUGUAAAAUUGUUGGAUAAAGAUGACGAAGUUGAAAUAAUGGAAAUAAUAGAGAAAAAUGGUGGGAAACAAAAAAAAAAUGAGAACGACUACAUUGGGCUAGAAUUAGAUUUGGGAGAGUUUGAAGAUAAUAGACUGGCAUUGUCCUCUAAGGAAAAAUUACUAGAGUCCGAGAGAAGGAAGGAUGAAAUAAUGAAGGCCGUAGAGGUCGACUCUCAAUCUCAUGAAAGUGAUGGGGAUAGUUGGCAAGAACAAAUAAUUAAAAGAUCGACUGCUAAUGUAGAUUCCUUACAGGAUGGAAAUAUUUUUGAUUCCAAAGAGUUUAUGGUUUCUCUGCCUACUUUAUCAGAUGACAGUCAUCUAGAAGGCAUUGAUAUCAAAUUAUCAGAGAUGAUGUCAUCAUUUACUGUGAGAAAGAAACAGUUAGAAACUCAAAUAAAGAUACUUGAAAACCAGAAGGAAAACACUGAACUAAAUAUUAUAGAAAUCUUAAAGAAAUUCAAAAAUGUUAACAGCGAUAGUAUGCUGUAA